AUGAGCAGAAUGAAUGAUGAAACAAUGGAGGAUAAACCCGAUGAUUCAAAUGGUCCACUCUCAAUUUUAAUGGAUAGUGUAAAUAAUAAUACUCAAGUUCUUAUAAAUGUUAGAAAUAAUAAAAAACUUUUAGGUAGAGUUAGAGCAUUUGAUCGUCAUUGUAAUAUGGUUUUAGAAAAUGUAAAAGAAAUUUGGACAGAAGUACCAAAAACAGCAAAAGGUAAAAAGAAAGCAAAACCAAUUAACAAAGAUCGUUUCAUCAGUAAAAUGUUUUUAAGAGGAGAUUCAGUAAUUUUAGUUUUAAAGAACCCUUUAGGUGCACCACCACAAGCAAAUUAA